AGGCAUUAUUUAAUGGCUGCCAUUUGGUGCAAAUAAACUUUCUAAAUAUGUUGGCAUCUCUGUUGCAAAUUGACAGCACAUAGUUGACGCAGUUUUUGCAAAGAAAAUAAAAAGUUUUAUCAUCUGUAAAAAAUUGAAAAGUGCAAAUAAUAUACAGUGCAAUAAAUUCAUAUUAAAUUUAACGCAAUUAUAAAGUUAAUUGAACUUGUAAACAUCGCAUGUUGUAAAUACAUUGCAGAACAAUAGAUAAUUCAAUAUUUGACAUUGAUUAUUAAAUGUUAGGGUUGUUUUAAAAGACCAAUUGCAGUAGUAUAGUACCAGUGGUCGUAUGAUACCAAAAAGCAAAAACGUAUAGAAAGUGGGCGACGUAAGUGGUCUUGAAGGAAAUACCCCAACCAUAAUUGAAUUUCGUACAACAAAGAAAGGUGUGUAGCGCGACGUAAUAUUGUGCGGUGUAAUAAUAAAACGGCAGCCUACUGUAAAUAGCUUAUCUGCUGACCACAAAAAGAACAACAAUAAAAACUUGAAAAACAAGGCUUCCAAAUUAUAAAAACUUUUGCAAGCCAUUCUACGUACGCGUUUACAUAAAAAAAAUCAUUGCAUUGUUGGUUAACUAAUACUAAACCACAGUGUCUACCUACGAGAGCAUGGAUUUGCAGCAUAUGGAGAAUGGCAUUAGUGGCGGUGGCCACGGUGCUGUUGCAGGUCAAACUGCUGGUUACAGUGAAACCGACUUUCAACGACUUGCCCAAACCAUUGCAACAAGCAUACAAAAAAUAUUACAAAAUGUGUCCACUAUGCAACGUAUGGUCAAUCAAUUUAAUACACCACAAGAUUCACCCGACUUGAAGAAACAGCUACAUCAAAUAAUGACCUACACGCAUCAGCUGGUAUCGGACACAAAUAAUCAAUUAAAAGAGGUGGAUAAGUGCAAAGAACGUCAUUUAAAAAUUCAACGCGAUCGUUUGGUAGACGAAUUCACUGCUGCUCUAACAGCAUUUCAGGGUGUGCAACGUAAGACCGUCGAUAUCGAAAAGAAUGCUGUACGACAAGCGCGUGCGCAAAGCUAUAACAUUAGUAAACCACCGGGCACGAACAGCAACAGUGGCAGCGGCGGUGGCGGUACGAGUGGCAGCAACAAUAGUGGUUCAUUCUUCGAGGAUAAUUUCUUCAAUCGUAAAUCGAAUCAAUCACAGCAACAAACACAAAUGCAAGAAGAAAUCGAUUUGCAAGCGCUGGAAGAACAAGAGCGACAAAUACGUGAACUGGAGGAAAACAUUGUGGGCGUAAACGAGAUUUACAAGAAACUCGGCGCUAUGGUAUACGAACAAGGUCUAACUGUCGAUUCGAUUGAGUCGUCCGUGGAGCAGACUAGCGUAUUUGUGUCACAGGGUGCUGAUAAUCUGCGUAAAGCCAGUUCAUACAAAAAUAAACUGCGCAAGAAGAAGCUUAUCUUAAUCGGCAUUCUCUCUGUGGUGUUGUUUAUCAUCAUUAUGAUACUUGUAUUCGAGUUCAAAAAAUAAUUGCAAAUUUGAACGUAAGAAAGUAUUUUUCUGCUGGCAAUGUGUUUUCUUUGCAUUCUACCAUAGGCUGCUGCAAAGUCGCAAUUAAAGUUUGUUUCGAACUUCAACAUACAUACAUAUAUUUAACAGUUCAGGUGAUAUUUGAAAGCAAACACUUUCCAUGGAAGUCUAAAUAUAUUAAUAAUAAUAAACGAUGAUAACUUAUUGUAGUAGAUGAAGAGAUCAUAGGUGAUGUGGAGGAAGAAGGCACGCCCAUGGUCAGUUCGCCAAUUUGUACAAAAUAUGUAUAGUAUGUGUAUGUUUUCCAGUUUGAAAUGCGUUGCCUAACAUGAUUUGCCACUGUAAACAAGUAAAAUGAAAAAUAUCGAAAACGAGACCAAAAACUGAAAAAAAAAAAUUAAAUAUUAAUACAAAAUGUACAUUCUCAUUAAAAAAAAACAUACUUUGUGGCGGUCGAUAUUUACAUAUAUAUAUAUUAUAUUAUAUUGUAUUGUAUUAUUUAACCUUAAUAUAUAAAUUUAUACUUUUAUGCAAAAAUUAUAUACAUAUUUAUUAACUCGUAUAACUUAUAUAAGGCACUUAAAUUUGUAUGAACACGACAAAUGCAUUCGUAUUUGUAUGUGCAUUAUGGAUGUGUAGUGUGCUAUUGUUAAGCAGGAAACACGCUUUGCGCUAAAUGCCGAACGCUUUUAGUAUUUAUCCAUUGCACUGUGCUACACCACUCAAUACACGCUUAUACAAUUCUUGUUUUCUCAAAUUUAUACAUAAUCAAUUUCUUCGAUUUGUUAGUUUUUAUGUCUUUUGUUGCUUCAUUUGUAUUGUUUACACUUCGUUCAGACUUAAAGAGUAAAUUAUUGCUUGCUAUUGCAAUGAAACCGAAA